GUCUCGCAAUCAAUAUCACUGGACGCUCUGUCAACCUACAAUUCUAGGCAAGAUUGAAAUGUGGCGUUACUAGAAACAUUGAAGAAAAAUCACUGCAUAGCAUUUAUCAAGUUAUUAAAUUUCAAGAACUUUCUCUGUUUAAUUUUGCUUUUCUUUGUGAAUGAGUUAUAUUGGAAAUAGACAAGUAUUUAAAAGAUUUUUAUAGGAACUUAUAACAGAAGUAAAAGCAGAUACAGUGAGAGGAAUUUAUUCUUGUUGCGCUUUACGGAUUUUAAUAGCAAAUGCAAAUUUUCUGGAAAUAUGGGCAGACGUGUUCCUACAGACGAGCUUACUGGAAUAAUCAUUGGGGUAGUGACACUCGGGAUCUGUUCCUUUGUAAUAGUAUUCAUAUGUUUUAGAUACCCAUCCAUACGGUCGAGGACUUUCUGGGACAGAGGGCUGAAACGGCUUAUACGGCGUUUAUAUUCUGGUGUAAGAAAAAAAGAAAAAUCAGAAGACAAAAAGAGUUUAGUUAUGGGACCAAUGCAGAACAAAAAGCAAGAGCAGACGAAAUUCGUGGUGCCUCAAAUAUUUGUAGAUUAUGGCAGCAGACGACAAUCAUAUGCUUCUGAUUAUUUACGAAGAUGUAGUGCUGAAAGUUUAAGUAGCAGGCGGACUUCUAUAGCUUCAAACGAAACUGAUCGAAGAGGCUCUGGAAGUAGUCUAAGUAGCAGACGGACAUCUUUAGCGUCAAAUGAUCGACGAGGAUCGGGUAGCAGUCUGUGCAGUCGAAGAACAUCGUUACUGUCAGACUGUACCUCUCGUAGAAGUUCUGGAAGCAGUCGGAGUAGUAGAAAAGGUUCGAAUGCUAGCUCAGGAAGAUAUGACGACACUGAUGAAUUACUGGCUGAUUUGUCAGACUCUGAAACAUUAGAAAUGGACGAGAUGUACACACUAGAGGAAGAACUACCACCAGAAAACCGGAGGUCAAGUUUAGAAGAACCUGCUGACAUGCAAGAACAUGAGAAAAAACGUAAACGACCACGACCAUACCGAAGGAGUCAUUCACUUGCAGAAAUUCGUCGACCGACAGCUAUUUUCAUUCCUGAAAUAAAGCAGCCACCAGUACCAGGUCGACCUCGACCAGAUGGAAGACGGGUUACACUGUCGUCACUUGUAGUUAGCUCAUUAAAUGCUUUGGAUCAUACUCCUAACCCGGUAGCACCGCCAUAUCAGAGAAAAAAGCCGAAAUUGAGACCACCAGGAAUAGGUUUACCCGACACACCGGUUAUGAUGCACGAUUUGAACCUUGAAGAAAUGAUGGCUCCAAGGUAUGCCACACCCUUACAGCCCACAGGACGUCUGAAAGUACAACUACAGUUUACAGACAAUGCUUUAAAUGUGAUUAUUAUUGAGGCAGGUGAUCUCAGAAUUGCUGGUCUACCAAGUAACACAGAUGUAAACCCGUAUGUGAAGGCAUUUCAAGUACCUGGUAGAACAUUUAAAUACAGAACUAAAACAAUAAAUAAAUCAAGGACGCCUGUGUUCCUUGAAAAGUUUUCUAUUCAAGAAAUAACCAGAGAAGAGGUAUCAGAUGGGUCUGCUCUCGAAUUCCAGGUUUAUUCCUCGCAUCAUAUUACUCGUAGACAUCUGGUGGGUAUGGCGGCAGUCCAGCUGAAAGAUAUAGAUAAAUACGAAAAUGGACUUGUAGAUUUGAUAAUACUCCCUCAUAGUGUUUACAGGCUACACCAAGGUGAUAUACAUAUCUCUGGUUGCUAUCAGCCGGUUGCAGGGAAAAUGGUAUUCAAUGUGGUAGAAGCAAGGACAUUACCACGAGUAUCACUUCUUGGUGCUGUCAAUCCCUAUGUCAAAGUGGAAAUGUACAUAAAUGGAAUAAGAGAAGCAAAACACAAGACAAAAGUCCGUCAAAACACGCAAGAUCCAGUUUGGAAUCAGCCUUGUGUGUUUGAUAUAAACAGAGAGAACCCUAAACUUCUUGGUCACGUUUUUGUUUUUCAUAUAAUCCACAAGGACAUGAUGAUGGGAGUUCAGAAGAUAGGACAGGUGGAGCUUGGAUGGUAUAGUCACGGUGAGCAACUGGAUCAUUGGUACGAAAUAAUGGAACACCCACACAGGCCGACUGAUUACUGGCAUCCGAUAAUAAAGACAAGUAAAAUUACGUCAUGACCGAACAGUGAGCACAGUUUUGAUGGAUGUAUUAAUUAUUGUGUAUGUGCCCCAAAAUAUUUGACUAUCUCACAUUGUAAUGGAUUUACACUUGACCAUUAUAUCAUAGAAAUAGCUAAGAUUUAUCAUGUGUGUUAAACAGAAUCCUAGUGUGAUCAUUCUCUACAAAGACGUACGCACAUGUACGAUAGUGUAUAUAUGUAUUUCCAUUCUAUCAACUAGAAUCAUCCUACUAUUAACGAUUGAUCUCCAUCCAGGAUAAACAACAAAGCAGUCUUAUAGAUGUAUAUUUAAUGUGAAAAGAAAUUGUAUAGAUUUGGUACCCAUUAUAAGCUUAUACUUUCAAAGAAUGUUUUUAUCAGCGAAGUAAUAUUGUGUUCCCUUUUACUUUUUUACGUGCAAAUAUAUUUUUUCAUCUACUGCACAUUGCUGAAUAUAUGUAAUGUCCUUGUACUGUAUCUUUAAUAUAGGACGAACAUAAUUAAACAAUAUGUAAUCAUUUGUUGAGCACCAAAAGUGUAAAAAUAUGUCUAGCUUUUACAGUUAUUCUAAAAGAUAUUUUGUUUUUAAAGACAUAGAGACCUAAUUCUAAAAGCCAAUCAAUUAUUAUAACAAAUUGUUUAUACUGAAAUAUGCAUUUGUGUAUAUCAAAGCUAAUAUAAGAUCAUAAAAUAAGAAGAUGCAAAACACAUUCCUAUACUAUAAAUGUAUAUGCCAUAUACGAUGCUAAAUAUAAUGAUUUAGAUAAAAAAAUAUCUACGCCAGUCUUUGAAUAUUUCAUAAGUUACAGUCUUGAUUGUUUAUAUGUACUAUCACGCAUAGCCAUUAUCAGUAGCUCUGAGGCAUCAUAUCUAAAGGCCAAACUAUUUCAUCCCUGUAUAUAAUAUAACCCAAAGCUAAAGCAUAAAUGCGUCAUUUUUGCCCAUGUAAACCUAAAUUGUGAAUUGUGUAUAUAAUUUAUUUAUUAGAAUAUUGUGAUAUGUCAUAUUUUAUGCUAGUAAUACUGUCGAUGACACCCCAUGUUGUUAUUUUUAUUGAUGAUUAAAGUAUUUACCAUGCGUUAAAUGACUGAAAAAUAAAUAUUUUAGUUUGGAAA